AAUGUUCAAAUAAGUCCUGUAGAAUAUAUAGUUAGUACUUAGCUAUCAUAUGUCGAAAUAUCUUGUUAUACUAAAUUAACUUGUUCUCUUAAAUAUGACACCAAAUGAUAAGAGAAAAUAGAAUUGUGUAUUACUUUUAAUUUGUUUGUAUUUUCAUAGAGUCGAGGCAACGAUAGUUGGCAAUAACCCAGAAUCGUCUGUACAAUCAAAACCUCUUCCAAAAAGAGAAAAUAAAAUAAAGCGAAAGUCAAACCUCAUCGACUAACAGCAUAAAUGCAAGAAAAUUUUCUUAUUUGUGCUCGAAGAAAGAUGCCUGAUGGAGCGAAUAUUUUUCAGUGAUCUUAACGGCCUGUGCAGGCGUGACGCUGUGACAUUUUUGACACAGUAAUUUGAGUUUUUCUCAAAAAGUGUAAGAAGUAGAAACUUCGUUCUUGUGCUAUUCGACGCAGCUCGCUAUACUCUACUUCUGGUAUAAAAAUGAAGGUGUGUGGUUAAAGAUUUGAGUUUUUAGCACCGUUUUUUGGCGCGUGAUGCAGUAACAAAAAAGGCUCUAAAUUCGAAGUGCCUCUAAUUAAAAGCUACUUUGCUGCGAAUAUAAAAGAGCUAAUAAAAAGCGCCUGCAGCAAAGUUUGUAGAGGAGUAAACAAGCUACUGAUUGCUAAAAAAGAAUCUUUCCAAGGAGAUUUCCAUCCCUCAAUAAGUAUGUUUUAUCGUGGUGACGCUGUGACAUUCGUUUUUCCCAAUAAAGUUUGGAGCACUAAACAUUGCUCCAAAGAUUUCAUUUUCACAUCGGGCUUAGUUUUAGGCAUCUAAUAUAGACUAAGAUGAAAAUAAAGCUGAAAAAAUGUUUUCGCUUUCUUAGAAUUAUGCGAGAAUCUUAAAAAUUAAAAUUUUAUUAAAAAGCUUGUUUUGAGUCUAAACUUCAACAGAAACAUACCAUCUUGUAGAGAAUCGAAUCAAAAACUGCAUCUAGUGACAUGCUUCUUUCAGUUCCACUAUAAAAUAAUUUUUUCCAAAACUUGAUCAGUGAAGUCUCGAGUUACGUGGACUAUAUUGGACAACAUCACCAAUAUUUAAUUCAUCAUUAACAAAUCAAAAUUUAAAUACAUUUAAAAUUAAACGUCGUGCUAAUCGUUUAAUACCAACAUUCCGUAAUAUAUUUAUAGAAGGUGAACAAUAUAUAGAACAACAAUCAUUAUUUCGUUCAUGUUUCUCAAUACAAACAACUUAUUUAAGAACAAAAAAAAAUCGUCAACAAUCAAGACUUAAUUUAAAAUAUGAAAUUGAAAAUGAAUUAAAACAAUUAUUUGAACAUUUAUCAGAUAAAACAGAAAAUUUAUCAAUUGUAACACCAUUAAGUUAUUUACGUGCACAAAUAAAUACAAUAAAAAAGAAAUUAUGUG